CUGCAUGUUGAUGACCCAGAGAAGGAGAUUGGCCGCCAGGCUAUGGAAGGCUUGUAUUUCCUCUACUCCCUCAUGUGGUGCCAAAAGGAGAUUUGGACAAUUUCUCAGCCCAGACUAGAUGGCAGACCUUCUACUGACAGCUGUAGAAAGCCUGAAGGAGCCCAAUGAGAGCACCAUUGAAGCAUCAAAGACUAUUCUGAAUGUAAUCCUGGAGAAGUACAAGCAGAAGAUACAGAUGGAUGUGCCAAAGAUUGUGGACAGGAUCCACGCCCAGCUCAGAGCCAUCCAUCAUUCCCACGCCAGACAGGUAGUGAUGAUGGCCUUAUGCCUCCUGGCUCGUGCUUUUAUGGAAGAGGUGUCCACAGCCCUUCUAAAGUGUCCACUCCUGCUGGACAGUGUGCGACUGUCUCUCUCAACUUGUAGAGAUGCAGCUGGGAUGUGGAGAACACUGGCCAAAACAGAAGCAAUCUGUCACUCCCACAGAUUUCUGAAUGUGCUGCUGAAUGAGCUGCAGGAGAGGCCAAGCAUCUCUGAGGAUAGAGCCUUCAUCAUACCUCUAGCUGCAGCCAGCGCUCUGUGCGAGGUGUUAUCCGUAUCCAUGUGCACACAGGCGGUGACACGCUUCUAUCCCCGCCUCCUGAUGGCCCUGCUGGUUCAGGUGCACCAUACCAUUGGGCUCAGCCUGCCCGACAGCAGGGUGUCCAGGAAGGAGUCAUCCCUACAUGCUUUCUGUAUUGUGAAGACAGUGAAGACUCUUCUCCUAAAAAUGAGAAGCCACUAAGAGUUCACCUCUGUUGAGAAGGAGGGAGGCUGGGAACUGCUCACUAGCUCUGAGGAGCACCAUCGCCGGGUAGGCCUGCUUGCAAGAGCCAUGGUCCACUAUUCUUGCUGUGAGCUGUGGCGGAUCUUGUACCUUUUGGUCCCGUUCCUCGAACGAGGUGAUAAACAGCACAAGAUCACAGCGAUGGCCUUUUUCGUUGAGGCAAAGCAGCUCCCAGAAAAAUAUUCUGUGCUCCGUCUGCUGAAAGGACUGACUGACCCAGAUCCAGUAUCCGAGCGCUGCGCGUCAAAGGACGAGAUAAAGGUCCUGGUGCCAGCCAUGAUACACAGCUUGUGUGGAGUGGAUGGGAGGCUGGUUGUGGAGGCUCUUGCUGAUGUGAAGAAGAUUCUCAGAGGCCUGGAUGUAGCAAGUUAUGUUGGCUGCAUCACCAGUCUCCUUCGUCUCCUCUUUGAUGAUGAGAGAGUGAGUGUGCGUUCUGCUGCCAUUUCCUUGUUUGGAAAAAUGGUCAAGAAGGUGAAGAGGAGUCAGGGUCUUAUGAAAGAGGAGGAUGUCUUGGACAGCUUGAUCCCAUUACUUCUGCACCUGCAAGAGGGCAACGCUGACAUGGCUGAGAAAUGUAAGAAUGCUCUGGAUGAAUGUUCUCGACUCCUGGAAUGGAGACUACCUAAACAGGUGGGCAACAGAAAGGCCUGGCACAACCACCAAGAAGAUGUGGAUGAAAUCUGUCAGUACCUUGUGAAGAAACAUCAGGAAAAUGUCCAAAGGUUCUUGUUCCAAAGCCAGUGCUACCUCAGUAGCACACAUCCUUCUUUAAGAAGGGCUGCAGCCAUGUUCAUAGGGUUCCUGGUUAUGCACAUGGACAACAUGAUGAGAAUGAAAGAUCUGGACAUCAUAAGUAAUGGCAAUGUUGUAGGCAACACCAUCCUCCUCGUCAACCAGACCUCCCUCGUGGGCUUACUACAUGACCCUGAGGCGUCCGUAUGCUUUGCUGCUCAGGCACAUGAACACGUCCUGGCAGUUUACUGGAAAUUAAAGUUCGGCCUGGUUGAGCAACCCAAAGUGAACAGUGACUCUGCUGAGAAACACAAAAGCCCCCCAAAUCCUCCUGCUACCGAAGGCACCUCAUCCAGGCUGUGCAAUGCCCUCAACCUCUGGAAAUAAGCUGCCAAGCACUAACUGGCUCAAAAAGAGAGCCAGGGUUUAAUGCCCCACUGAGCCCUAUGCAGACACAGCGAGACUCUUGUGAUUUAUUUUUCUCAGCUUGGGCUCCCUGCUCUGUUUUUCCAACCAGAGGGAAAAUGAAAGGGGCUUUGGAAGGGUCAUUAACAUGCCAAAGAAAGUGAAUUGAACAUGGGCAAUAAAGAGCACUCAGAGUUUAUUGCG